CGUCCUGGGAUUGCUGACGCUUACCAUUACCAGAUGAUCCACCGCCUGCUGCUGCCGCUCCUGAACCACCGCUGUUGCUUCUCAGCUUGAAGCGCGUCGUGGCUGCAGCCGCAUUGGUGUUGGCGCAAUUGCAGAUGGCAUCGAACAUGCGCACCACAAAUCCUCGUGCACGGUUCACCACCUUGCCGUUCUUAAAAUCUGGUAUGGCGAAACCUGGACAGAUUAGUGCAAGAAGCAUUCGAAAAGCAAAGAACCAAAGAUCAGCGUGGGAGGCCAAAAGUAAUUUGCGGAUUACAGUGCACAAAUCGCAUGCGAUCGAACAGAAAUAACAACAGAACAGGAGAAUGCAAUUGGGAGUAGUAGUGUCACCUGUCAGCAGGGUCCGGGUCCCCAUCCCACAUAUAAAGGCCCCAGCCAGCUGGAAAUUCGAGGCAUUUUUUUGUUGGGUAAACAUGAAGAAGCAGUGGAAACACAGCUCGUCUCUGGUGUUGGCCAUUGUCCUGCAGCUGGAGCUGCUGCUGGGGCUGCUGCCCCACCAAGGAGUGGCCAUAACCAUGGAACAGAUGAUGCAGUCAAUGGACAUGCUACGCGGCGCUUGUCAGCCCAAGUUUAAGGUGACCACCGAAAUAUUGGAUCGCAUGCGUGCAGCGGACUUUACUAUGGAGCACACGAAGGAUUUGAUGUGCUAUACCAGAUGCAUUGCCCAGAUGGCGGGCACGGUGACCAAGAAGGGAGAGUUCAGCGCCGCCAAGGCCUAUGCUCAGCUGCCAAUCAUCUUGCCAGCGGAAAUGCUGGAGGCUGGCAAGGCGUCCGUGGAUGCAUGCAGGGAUGCACAGAAACCGUACAAGGAUUCGUGCGAAAAGAUCUUCUAUACAACCAAAUGCAUGUCAGAGGUGGAUCCCAGCAAGUUUACAUUCCCAUAGCAAAGCAAAAUGAUUUGUGUACUCACUCGGACGCUUCUCCUGCUUGCCCUGCAAGUGAUAGCAAGGAUAUCCAUUAGUUUUCACACACACACACAAAACAAGCACCAAUAAAGGAUAGAAGUUGA